UGCCAAAUUUUAAUUAAAUCUAAGCAAUAUGCCGAAUGAGUCGCGUCGUCCAUCACGUGCCUCUCAUGGAGCUGAUUUGAUGGAAGUUGUUGUGCGACCAAAAAAGUAUUAUCGCGUUAGCCAUACGGGCCCGAUUGAUCCAAACCGGACUAAAAUUGUUGUAGAUGUCGGGGAGACGUGGCGCAUACUUAAAAAUGUCGCGGUUCUAUCGAUUGCCAUGAUGACGCAGUACGUGGCAUACCAGGGAACGCUUAAUCUUCAAUCCUCCCUUAAUGCGGAAGGUGGCUUGGGAACCAUUGCACUAUCCGGUAUAUAUUUGUCGAUGGGCGCAUCCUGCCUAGUUCUUCCGACCCUUAUGAUACGUCGGUUGACUUGUAAAUGGACCUUGGUCAUAGGAAUGAUCUGCUUCAUUCCUUAUAUAGGGUUUCAACUAUUUUCGAAAUUCUAUACCUUAAUACCGGCGGGUAUCUUAUUAGGAGUUGCUGCUGCACCCAUGUGGGCUGCACAGGCUACAUAUUUAACUCAAGUCAGUCAGAUCUACGCGAUUUUAAAAGGCUCCAAUGUAGAUGCUGUAAUAACUUUAUUUUUCGGGGUGUUCUUCUUCGCGUGGCAGAAUGCAGAUACAAUAGGCAAUUUGCUUUCCAGUGUAGGUGACAAUUUCAAUUCGUUUAACUGUGUUAAAUUAAAUCACAAAUCAAAAAUCAAUUACGGUUAUUACGACUACGAUUGCGACGAUUUCCAAUCUCUAAACGAGACCAAUACCCCCACCACACUGUUUCCAAAGCUCUGCCGUAACUGCAUGGAGAGCAGCAGCUGUGGCGUUGGCAGUCAACGGAAGUGCGGACUGUGUCCCGGUAUCUGGGACCAAGGCGCCAUGCGCCAUGCGCCCAGCGCCCUGCUGCUUUUGCCAUUUGCCAGUGACUUUUACAAUUCUGUCACCCACCACCGCACGGCUGGGUUGGCUUCAUCAAUAAUGAUGUUAUCAGUUACACAAGGAAACUAUCGCAAUCAGGAAAAAUACGAGAAUCUGACAAAAGAGCUGGCACAGGCGCGUGCCCAUUGGGAGGAGAUCGAUCAUGCCAAGCAUCAAGCUCAAUUGGCUCAAAAACGCAUAGAGGAUACUGCUGAAGCGUCCGAUGGCGAGGAUGACGAGCUGGAAGAUGAUGUUCAGGUGAGCAAUCGACAAAACAGGCCGUAG